UCCUCUUGUGGCCGAUUUUUGGCUAGUUGCAGUGCAGACAAUUCUCUGAAGGUUUUUCUUAUUCCCACAGACAUUUCAUUUUCCGGUGCACCAAAAAGUGUUCUUUGGGGUUGCAUUUCAGCUGCACAUGAAGGGGACAUAAAUAGUGUCUGCUGGAGGCCAAGAUAUUCGCCUAGGAAUAUUCUUACCUACGACAAGGAUGCCCUUAUGGUCGCUACUGCUGGUGAUGACGGGAAAAUCAAAUUCUGGUCCGUCGUUACUUCGGGAGCUAUUGAAGCAUUUGCUACUUGA